UCAGGAAGAAAGAGCUGCUGUGUUGAGGCCGAAAACUCGGGCACAAUCUGGAGGGGAGACGACAACAAAAUACCUCCGUGGAACAUUACAUGUAGGGACACUCAACAGGAGACGUCAAAGGGAUUUUUUUGUUUUUGCACAUGGAGACGAGUUCGUUGUGCUUUUGCAAGCUCCGGCUACGGCCGUGAUUGCGCGUGUGUCGCUGUAAUCAAGUCCCGCUACUCUUAAUGAGACUGAAUGUGCCGUCUUGAGAUUUAAAUCUUUCCAUGGAGGAGACCUAGCUGCUCCGCUUUUUGCUCUCUGACGCUGGCCGGUUGUCACUGGCGCAACAUCCCGCAAAAAACUCUUCCACUGCAAGAACUGUGAUGAAGGAACCGUAGAAAUUUGCGUGGCAGAAGCAGAGUGGGAUUUUUUUUUUUUUACGCUUUUGAAUUUUGUAUUUAUUUCCGUUUCGAGAUCCGAAGGCUUUUAUCGGACACAAGUGUCUUCGACGGCUCUGCAUCAGUGCCAUGAAUCAUCGUGGGCAACAGCUGCUACCCACAUAGAGGUCACCCCACCUCUCUUUCCAUUCGAUUCGGUCCAGAGGAUGCUGGGAAUGUGUCGCGGACGCAGGAAGUUCCUGGCGGCCUCCCUCGCCCUGCUCUUCAUCCCAGCGCUCACUUGGCUCUACCUGUCGGUCGGCAGCUUUCAAGUGAAGCCACUCCCCCUGUCACCGUUGGAGACCCAGUCGUCCACGCCCGCCGGAGGUGCGGGCGAGCGGCAAGCGUUGGAGUCGCGGGUGCGGGCGGUGGAGGAGGAGAAUCGGGCGCUCCGCCGCGAGCUCAGCCGACCACCCCGGAGCCCCUCGUCGCGCCUUCCGUACGGCGGUCACCAUGGCAACCAAAGCAGAGCCCAUUCAGAGGAGGGCACCGGUGAUAAUGAGGGCCAGAAAGCUGCUGCAGUGGGGAACAGCUCAGACUGUGUCCAGCAGCCAGUCGUGGACAAGUGUGAGACCAUCCAUGUUGCCAUCGUUUGCGCUGGUUACAAUGCGAGCCGAGAUGUAGUGACCCUGGUUAAAUCCGUCCUUUUCCACAGGCGGAACCCCCUCCAUUUCCAUUUCAUCACCGACUCCAUAGCUCAGCAAAUCCUGUCGUCUCUGUUCCACACCUGGAUGGUUCCUGCUGUCCGGGUCGACUUCUAUGACGCAGAUGAGCUGAAGUCUGAGGUGUCGUGGAUCCCCAACAAGCAUUACUCUGGAAUCUACGGUCUGAUGAAGCUGGUGCUCACCAAGACGCUUCCGCCAGAUCUCCAAAAAGUCAUCGUCCUGGACACAGACAUCACGUUUGCCACGGACAUCGCCGAGCUAUGGGCCGUCUUCCACAAAUUCAAAGGCCAGCAAGUUCUUGGUCUGGUGGAGAACCAGAGUGACUGGUAUCUUGGAAAUUUAUGGAAGAACCACCGACCAUGGCCUGCCCUGGGUCGAGGCUUCAACACUGGAGUGAUUUUGCUGCUCCUCGAUCGACUUCGAAAGCUGCGAUGGGAGCAGAUGUGGAGGCUGACGGCCGAGCGGGAGUUAAUGAGCAUGUUGUCGACUUCCUUGGCGGAUCAGGAUAUCUUCAAUGCUGUGAUCAAGCAAAACCCGUUCCUGGUUCACCAGCUGCCGUGCUUCUGGAACGUUCAGCUUUCCGACCACACCCGCUCAGAGAAGUGCUACAAAGACGUGUCGGACCUCAAGGUCAUCCACUGGAACUCCCCAAAGAAACUAAGAGUCAAGAACAAGCACGUGGAGUUCUUUCGCAAUCUCUACCUAACCUUCCUGGAGUACGACGGCAACCUGCUGCGCCGGGAGCUGUUCGGCUGUCCCAGCGAGGCCGAUCACAACAGCGAGAAUCUCCAGAAGACGCUGUCCGAGCUGGACGAAGAUGACCCCUGCUAUGAGUUCCGCCGCGAACGAUUCACCGUCCACCGAACGCACCUCUACUUCCUCCACUACGAGUACGAAGUCACGCCCGACAAUGCGGACGUCACGUUAGUGGCGCAGCUCUCCAUGGACAGACUUCAGAUGUUGGAGGCCAUCUGCAAGCACUGGGAAGGCCCCAUCAGCUUGGCCCUCUACCUGUCCGACGCUGAGGCCCAGCAGUUCCUGCGCUACGCUCAGGGCUCCGAGGUGCUCAUGAGCCGAGGCAACGUAGGUUACCACGUGGUCUACAAAGAAGGACAGUUCUACCCGGUCAACCUGCUCCGAAACGUCGCCAUGCGGCACGUCAACACACCUUACAUGUUCCUGUCCGACAUCGAUUUCUUGCCCAUGUAUGGCCUCUACGAAUAUCUCAGGAAGUCGGUCGUGCAACUCGACAUGGCCAACAGCAAGAAAGCACUCGUGGUGCCGGCGUUUGAGACGCUGCGCUAUCGCCUCUCCUACCCAAAAUCGAAAGCCGAGCUGCUUUCUCAGCUGGACAUGGGAACGCUUUUUACCUUCAGGUACCACGUGUGGACCAAAGGCCACGCGCCCACCAACUUUGCCAAAUGGCGGACGGCCACCAUGCCCUACAGGGUGGAGUGGGAGGCCGACUUUGAGCCGUACGUCAUGGUGAGACGGGACAGCCCCGAGUACGACCGCCGCUUUGUGGGCUUUGGCUGGAACAAGGUGGCGCACAUCAUGGAGCUGGAUGCGCAGGAGUACGAAUUUGUGGUCCUGCCCAAUGCGUACAUGAUCCACAUGCCGCACGCGCCCAGCUUCGACAUCACCAAGUUCCGUUCCAACAAGCAGUACCGGGUCUGCCUCAAGACCCUGAAGGAGGAAUUCCAGCAGAACAUGUCGCGGCGCUACGGCUUUGCCGCCCUUAAGUACAUGACCGCCGAGAACAACAGCUAGCCACCGCGGGCCCUCGCCGCCCCCAGGCCGCGAGUGACUGUACUGACUCGGUAAGCGUGGGGGGGCGCGAGGGUACAUGGACCCGACUCGGACCUUCCUCAAAAACUUUGACCUUAAGUGUGGCGCGUGUGGACCGCAGCUUUCAAAGCGGGAUCCGGGAAAUAGUCACCUCCGCUCGGAUUGUGGAAUUAUUGACGUAUGCAUGUGGGCCAAUGUACACACAGGUGUGUGCGUGCCAGUCAAGGGAGUGACAGCCUUGCGUCCAUUCAGUUUUGCACACCGCGGACACCGUCCAAGUGCCGUGACCACUCGUCAAAAGCUUUUUUUUUUCUUCCUCUCCUCUAACCGGACAUCAUCAUCAUCGCGGCGGCGAGACAAAUCGGUAAGGAUGGAGGGGAGCGACGCGAGCAAUCACAAUCCAUCCUCCUCAUUUAAAUAGGCAAGGAAAAUGGUCGCCAAGUGUAGCGUACUCCCUUGUCAUGCGUGUGUGAGUCUUUUCAAUCAAAACCUCUGUGUUCACUACAAACUAUGAUCUACUCCGUUUCACCUUUGCCUCCAGUCUGAUGACAUUUUUUUUUUGGUAUUCUCCUUUCAAUUGAUGUUUGUUUGCAGGUUGCUAAAGAUGAAGUCAGAAGGGCAGGAAAACAAGCUUGAAUAUUUCUAAAGUCUUUACAUUUGGCCGAGUUCCAAAGAGUCUGCCUCGAGAUAGAUUGUGGUCAGUUUUCAUUAGUUUCAGUAUUAAUUUAAUUUAAUGUGUUUAUUCUUGUGUUUGUUUUUGACAUGAUUUGAUCUUGCUUUAAAUCCUUUUUUUUUUUUUUAUGUUUAUUUUAUUUUUACUGUUGUUGAAUUUGAGGCCAGUGGCCCGCCUUCUUUUUCUCUCAUUCACCCGAGAAAAAAGACGCAGAAGGGCCGUCAUGCAGGUUUGAAUGUGUGUGUGAGAUUUUGGAAGUGUGUGACGCGGAGUGGAUGGCUGACUGAUGCUGCUACCUGAAAUAAAAGUAAAAGUGUCAAACGCUU